GGGAAAGAAACGGGGCUCAAUAUGGAAACGGGAUCAGGCGUGAGUUCAAACUAGUCCUGGUCCUGAACUGAAGAACUUCCAGCUCCUAACUGACCGCAAACACGGGAUUAGUAUGCCCAGCGCCAACGUGUCCGUGCGAAGUUUAUCCGAAGUAGAGAAAUACCUCGGCAGCCGGAUGGACCGGAGUACCGAGGCCAGUUUUAUGAGCAUCCCUUUGUCGAUGCGUCGGGGUUCUUCAGAGAAUAAUUUGGACCUGGAUCUGAGUGAUGGAGGUCCUGGUCCUGCUCUGGGCUUUGAGGUCCAGCGUAGUCGUUCUUGCUUGGACAACCUCCAGCAGAAGAUCCUGAAAGUCACAGAGCAGCUGAAGAUUGAGCAGACGGCGCGGGACGAGAACGUAGCUGAGUAUCUGAAGCUGAUGAACAGUGCGGACAAGCAGCAGGUAGGGCGCAUCAAGCAGGUGUUUGAGAAGAAGAACCAGAAGUCAGCUCAAAACAUUUCCCAGAUGCAAAAGAAGCUGGAGCAGUACCAUCGAAAGAUGAAAGACAAUGACAUCCACCACAGCUCACCCGCUCACCCAUCCUCUGUCAAACACAGCACUAUACCCAGGGUGUCUCCCAGAGAGCUGCUGAGGGAUAUGACUGGCAGUGGCCGACACCCGACCAUGGACAAGAUCAAGACCAUUGGGCCAGGUGUUUCCCUUUCCCCUCCUUUCUUCUUCAGCAAGCCCAGAGAGUUUGCCAACCUUAUCAGGAACAAAUUUGGCAGUGCUGACAACAUUGCCCACCUCAAGACCACUCUGGAUGCUUCUUCACCGCUGCCCACAGACAGUGCAGGAAAAGGGCUGAGUAGCAGCACCUCGUUGGUGGGCAAGCCCAAGUAUCCCAGUGAUGAUGAGUGCUCCUCAGGAAGUGCUUCCAUUUCAGCAGACAGUAACGGGAACCCUGUGGCGGCAGGAGUGUCAGCAGGGCAGAUACAGGGCCAGCAGGCUGGGGGAGACAGCCAGAGCAGACUGAGUCUAGAGGAGGUGAGGGAGAUUAAAGAUGCCCAGAGCCAGCUGGAGGAGGAUAUAGAGGAGCUAAAGUCUCAGUUCAAGAGAGAGUAUGGCAUUAUCAGCCAAACACUGCAGGAGGAGAAAUACAGGUAUGGGCGUUUGGAAGACCAACUGAAUGACCUGACAGAGCUUCACCAACAUGAGAUGGCUGAUCUGAAGCAGGAACUGGCCAGCAUCGAGGAGAGGGUGGCCUACCAAGCUCAUGAAAGGGCCAGAGACAUACAGGAGGCUCUGGAGUCGUGUCAGACGCGAGUAUCCAAGCUGGAGCUCCAGCAGCAGCAGCAGCAGCAGACGGUCCAGCUCGAGAGCCGUGAUGCCCGAGUCUUGCUGGGGAAGAGCAUAAACAUCAUGCUGGCCAUCAUCACUGUCAUCCUGGUGUGCGUCUCCACUGCUGCCAAGUUUGCCGCUCCACUGAUGAGGAGCCGGUACCAUGUGGUAGCUACCUUCCUGGGAGUUUGUUUUUUGACCAUGUUCUGGAAGAACUGGGACCGUUUACAGUAUGCCAUAGACAAGUUGCUGAUGCCUGCCUGAUAGGCAACAGUGUACACUUCAAACAACAUCGCAGUAACAUGUCAGGAUAGGACUGUCUAAGAGGAUUGGUUGUACAAUCGUCAGAAGACACGAUCGCCAUGCAUUUACAGAGGUCACUGUUUUUUUUUUUAAUCAGACUGAAGUUAAAUUUUGUUGGUGAUUUUUUUUUCUUAUUUAGAACUUGACUGGGUGUUGCUAACAAUUUUCAUUUAACCUUUAAAAUAAUAUUUAUAUAUCAAUUGUGUAACUUCCCCUAGGAUUACUAUGAAAUCAUCGCAAGACAUAAAUAGUCAGUUCAAGGAUUAAGAAGGGUGAAGUGCAUUAUCACUACAAUCAGCAACAUGGGACUCACGCUUUCCCAGUUUUAGGAAAAUUUCAGUUGAUGAGGUCAAAUUGGCAAAUGUUUAUUCUUUCUCAUUUUGUUUCAGCCUGACUUUAAUUUCUCUCAAACUGUUACAAGAAUGCACACACACACAAACAAAACCUCAGGCUUUGUUAUGAAAUGCUAAUGGUGCUGGUUGGUGAAUUUUAUUACCUUUGCACAGAGACAGUCUAGCUGUUUCCCCCUGUUUACGCUAAUUUAAGCUAACUGGUUACUGGUUGGAGCUUCAUAUUUAGCAUACAGACAUGAUAGUGCUAUCAAUCUUCUAAUCUAACUCUCAUCAAAAAAAUGAAUAAGCAUAAUUCCCCAAAUGUUGAACUAUUCCUUUUAAUAACAUUUACAGGCUAGAGCACAGAGGCAAUGGACAUGCUGUUUGUUGUCUUUAUUCCUUAUUGCCUUGUCUGCCCUGUGUGGUCAGUCAUUUCUUAAAGUUUUUCUGUUUACUAUUUCUGAUGUUUCAUGUGCAAUAUUUCUAAGAGCACUGUUAUUAGACUGUUUCUUUUAGGAAUUAAGGUUUUAUGUGAGUUUGUGUACAGUGGCAUUGUGUUGUGCUGGAGGUUUGGGUGAGGAAGUGUCAUUAAUGUUGGCCUGAGAGAUCCAUAACCACUGAAGCCACUGCUGGGCUCUGAUAAGACCAGCUGUCUCCUCUCCCAAGGGCCAAAAAUCAAUCCCACUGCAUUACCGUGCUAGCAUGGUAAUAUCAACACACGCCAGCUCUCUAGUGCAGCACAACAACAACAAGCGCACACACCCAUACAACAAAAAAAACAGUCUGUUACUUGGCCCUCUUUAUGGGUCUGAUGUUUGCCUUUUACUAAUAAUGUGAUUGAGAAGCGAUGGAUUAUACUGUGAAACAAGGUCUUUUUCCAAGGAAAAAUGCAAUUCCCUUUUUUUAAAGAAGCAACAAACCGUCUUUAGUACUCCAAUGAUUACAAAGGAGCACAUUACAGGCUCUAAGUGAUAAACUACAAGCCUAUUUUUGACUAAUGCAUUAUUUCAUGUUAUCUUACGAACAUUGUCUGUAAGGAUCUCACAUGAAGCAACAGACCACUUUUUCAUGUAUGCCAUAAUAACAUGUUUAUGUUGACGUUGUCGUCUCUCUACUGACUGUAUCAUAUUUUUUUGUUCUUGUUUUGACAUAUUUGAGGGAGUUUCACCUGCAGAACUACAGAUCUGGUUUACAUCCUCUUUUUAUCUCUGGUGCACUAUGUGAUCAAUCAGUUGUAUUUUCAUGCAUUAUGUGCCUUUGUCUGACAAUUUCUGUUAAAUUAAACAAGCCUUUUUAAUCAA